AUGCAUUACAUUCCCUCAAAAUCAUUCCAUCCCUCCCCCUGUUUUUUCCAUUUCAUUCCCUUUUCACCCUUCAUUAACAACACCACAACCCAUUACCGUUGCCACACCCGCCGUCACCCACCUUCGCCGCCGCCGCCACCGCCACCGUCGCUGCUGCCACCCACCUCCAUCCCCGCCACCGACGUUGCCACCUCCGAUCACCACCACCACCCACCUUCGAUCAUCGUCACCACCAUCGCCGCUGCCACCUCCGUUCACCGCCACCGUCUCGACUCACCUCCGCCAUCGCUAUCAACCACCACCACCCACCGCCACCACGCUACCACCUGCCACCACCGUCGCCACCGCUACCACCUCUGA